AGGCAAGAUCGGAAGAAGCGAAUUCACCAGACUCAUCACUGGGAAGACCCAGAGGCCCAGCUUUUUGCUUCCCAAGACUGGUAGAAUAGAAGCCAGACUCAUUACUGGGAAGACCCAGAGGCCCAAGCCAGGGCAUCUCAAGACUGUAAGAGAGAAGAAGCCAGAUUUAUCGCUCGGAUGGCUCGGGCCACCAGAGAAGUGAAGCCUCCGGACUUCUCCCUGGGAAGGAGCCGGGAGCUCGGCCUUGGGCAUCUCCCAAGACUGGCAGAAGAGAAACCAGACUCAUCACUGGGAAGGAACCAAGGGCUCAGCCUUGGGCACCCCAAGCUUUUCAGAAUUUACACAACAGCAGAAUCGGGGGUUCUGGGGCCGGAGUCCCAGCUGAAGCCUGAGGAGCUGAAUUUGAAUCGACCAACUCUGUCAACCAACCCCUCGGGGUUUCCACCUCCCAACCGUCAAAAAAGGUCAGAGGAGGGAGACUCCUAUUGGGAUCCUCUCCAGAGGGACUGCUUCUCAGCAGCGUCCGGGGGCCGGAAGACAGACUUAAAGCUCUCUGCUCACCUCCGGCCUCCCAAACAGAGAUCCAGUGUGGACUAAGGGCCGUGCCCCUAUGUUUCCUCCUACCACCAUGGGGGUAUUCUCGCCACAAGUCCGUGGUCUGCUCCAACUUCCUCCCAAAUGCCUCAUCUCCCGCUGACGGCAGAUACUGAAACCAGAGCCCGGGUCCGCCUGGGUCUCGGGCCUGGUUCUCGGCUCGGCCGAGGUGGGUGCUCGAUACCGCUGCCUGAAGAAGAUUUUCCAACCGGGCACUCUACUGGACCCUUAAAAAGAACGCUUGAAAACCCGAGGUCCACCAAACAUCCGUCUGACGCAACACAGUGUUUAAGUCCCGGGAUCUGGGCCUAUUGGGCAGCCGGAUUCGCUCAACCCGUACGGAAGCGGGAUCUCUUUCUGUCAGGGUUGGCUUUUCCCGAGCAAGCCUUUCUUUCCACAGUGAGCCGGGCACCGCGGGAGCCCCGAUGCCUCAGGAGCUCGGGCCGAAGCGCUAGACAAGCCGAGAGGUCCGGGAGCCCAACGGGGAAUGUCCCGCCCCGUCCCAUCCCACCCCGCCUCCCCGAGCCAGGGAGUCGCUCCACUCAGGAACGAGUUGGCAAUUAAAAAGGACAACACCCAUAAAGCAGCCAGUGACUUGGAGGCAGCUGACCUCCCUGCCAAGCUGGACCGGGGUGGAAUGGGCAGCAGCUGGGGCAGAGGUGCCGGGAAGCGACGGGGAACACCUGCCCAGACUCCAUCCCGGCGCGGCUGACCGAAAGGCCCCUCCAUCUCCGGCGGUCCCGCUCGGCAGAGAGAGGAAGAUGACGUUCGGCUACCCGCUGCAGGUGGCCGGGCUGGUCCUCGGAAGCCUGGGCACGGCGGGCACGCUGCUGGCGACCCUCCUGCCCCAGUGGCGGGUGUCGGCCUUCAUCGGCAGCAACAUCGUGGUGUUCGAGAGGAUCUGGGAAGGCCUCUGGAUGUCCUGCGUGCGCCAGGCCAGGAUCCGGCUGCAGUGCAAGUUCUACCCGUCGCUGCUGGCCCUGCCCCCGGCCCUGGAGGCUGCCCGCGCUCUCAUGUGCGUGGCCGUAGUCCUGUCCCUGCUGGCACUCCUCAUCGGCGUCUCCGGCGCCAAGCGCGUCCGGUGCGCGGGCUCGGACGAGCGGGUCAAGGGGUACCUGCUGGGGGCCUCCGGGGCCGGGUUCAUCCUGAGCGCCAUCGUGGUCCUCAUCCCCGUGUGCUGGACGGCCAACAUCGUCAUCCAGAACUUCUACGACCCCGCCGUCCACCCCGGGCAGAAGCGGGAGCUGGGGGCCGCGCUCUUCCUCGGCUGGGCCUGCGCGGGGCUGCUCGCCGUCGCCGGCGCCUUGUUGGGCGGCGUCUGCUGCUGUCGCUUCCGGGAAAACCGCCGGCUGGCCAAGGGCCCCAGGUACCCGUCCCCGAGGGCCGGGAGUCGGGGCGGGGGCCCGGGAGGAGGCCCGGCCGGGGGCCGGGGCCAGGACUGGGACCGGGAGGUGAAACCGCCCAUCAAGACCUCCGCCAGCUACGUCUAGCCACGGGGCCGGCCGCGGGUCCUCGACCCUCCCGGGCCUCCGCUGGCUUGAAACCGUGAGCGGAAAUGGCGGCAAAACAGUCCGGGACCGACCCGUCGAAGCCAGCCGUCCCGAGAGCGAUUACGGGGUCUCUGCUGGGACUUGUGGGGGGACCAAUGGAGCCUGACUCUAGGUGGGUGGUUUGGAGGGAUCCUUGGGGCGGUGGCGAUGGUUGUAUUAGACGAUUAGUGUCCUUUGGAGAGGAAUUAGAGGGGUCCCGCGCCCCCCGCCCGCAGCCCACCACAUGGAGCCGAGGUCCGGACCAGUGCACGAUGGGAAAUCGGGUGCCGUCAAAGAGACCGAGACCGGCAAACCUUAGUCAGGAGACCGUGGGAGGCCUGCGGGUAGAAAGGCUUCCUACUCGGCCGUGGGGAGCGGUUUUAGACGAUGGCUCUAAAUUGCCUCAUCGAAGUAUGUAAACCUGCUGUGGAUCGUUACUUCAUAGUAAAAUGUUUUCCCAAUCAAA